GUGAUGUAUGUAGACUUAGCUCUCCAACCACAAGGGACAUCUUUCCUCUCCUCGGAAGUCUUUCCGCUCGUUUAAUCUCGCUCACACUGAGGACCUGGUUGGCCAUUCUGACAGCUUCGAGUCAGGCAAUCCGUCGGGCACCCCAAAGUGCAGGGGUCCUCGCGGCUUCCUCCGCUUCCCCCAGCUUCGGUGUGGAGAGAGGACCCGGCGCCGAAUCACUGACUGGCCCUGGUGUCGGGAAAAUGAUCCACAGUCUAUUUCUCAUCAACUGUUCCGGUGACAUAUUUCUAGAGAAGCACUGGAAGAGUGUUGUAAGCCAGUCUGUCUGUGAUUACUUCUUCGAAGCUCAGGAGAAAGCUGCCGAUGUUGAAAAUGUACCCCCCGUCAUUUCCACGCCCCACCACUACCUCAUCAGCAUCUACCGGGAUAAACUCUUCUUUGUGUCUGUCAUACAGACCGAAGUGCCCCCUCUCUUUGUCAUUGAGUUCCUGCAUCGAGUUGCUGACACUUUCCAGGACUACUUUGGUGAAUGUUCAGAGGCUGCCAUUAAGGAUAAUGUCGUCAUAGUUUAUGAGCUCUUGGAAGAGAUGUUAGACAAUGGAUUUCCACUGGCUACUGAGUCUAACAUUUUGAAAGAACUGAUCAAGCCACCAACAAUUCUACGUUCUGUCGUCAAUUCCAUUACAGGUAGUAGUAAUGUUGGGGACACACUCCCCACUGGGCAGCUCUCCAAUAUCCCAUGGCGCCGAGCAGGAGUAAAGUACACAAACAAUGAAGCCUAUUUUGAUGUAGUUGAAGAAAUUGAUGCGAUUAUAGAUAAGUCAGGAUCUACAGUCUUUGCAGAAAUUCAGGGGGUCAUUGAUGCUUGCAUUAAGCUAUCUGGGAUGCCUGAUCUUUCUCUCUCUUUCAUGAACCCCAGGCUUCUAGAUGAUGUCAGUUUCCACCCCUGCAUCCGGUUCAAGCGUUGGGAAUCUGAAAGGGUUUUGUCAUUCAUUCCACCAGAUGGAAAUUUCCGACUCAUAUCAUACCGUGUCAGCUCACAAAAUCUAGUGGCGAUUCCAGUGUACGUGAAGCACAGUAUCAGCUUUAAGGAGAACAGCUCUUGUGGAAGAUUUGAUGUAACAAUUGGACCAAAGCAGAACAUGGGAAAAACUAUUGAAGGAAUUACAGUGACAGUUCACAUGCCAAAAGUUGUGCUGAAUAUGAAUCUGACACCAACACAAGGCAGCUAUACAUUUGAUCCAGUAACUAAGGUACUAACAUGGGACGUGGGAAAAAUUGCCCCACAAAAGCUCCCGAGUCUUAAAGGACUAGUAAAUUUACAGUCGGGAGCACCCAAGCCUGAAGAGAACCCAAGCCUCAAUAUACAGUUCAAGAUCCAGCAGCUUGCUAUUUCAGGCUUAAAAGUAAACCGCCUGGACAUGUAUGGGGAGAAAUAUAAGCCAUUUAAAGGAGUCAAAUAUGUCACAAAAGCUGGAAAGUUCCAAGUGAGGACAUGAGAAGAAGCCAGAAUUCCUCAAGAUCAUUUUGUUUUCCAAGUGUCAUUACAGUCUAUUACUAUUAGGUACCAAGUGGGUGGGAGUAAAUAUUUCCAGUUCAAACAUCUUGUCGAGCUACACUGCUAACCAAGUUGCUUAGUAAUGCUGUAGGGCUCUUAAGGAGCUUAAGCUAAGGAGAUUUUCUAAAGACUUAGCUUAUUUUGUAUCUUUUCACUUCAGAAGAUUUUGGAGAUGGUUUUUCCAUAGGGGGCUGGCUACCAGCUGAAUGCUGCACAUGGUAGCAAUAAAGGCAGAAGGCUGCAGUGAAAAUCUCUCUCCUGAAACAAGUGAACCAGUCGCAUCCAGAAGCAAGAAUAAUCAUCUUAAUGUGUCAGGUGCAGCGGAGUAUCUCAUCUUCUGAUCUUAACCAUCUUUAAUUGGUGUCUGUCCUAACAAGAAAUCCCUGCCCGGCACCAAGAAGUUUACAGAAAACGGCCUCUUCAGAGUGCUUGCCUUACUCAGCUUCCACUUGUGCCAUUAAGCAAGCACUGUAGCAACGCCACCUCCACAUGGCCCUAGCCAGGAGCACUGCUGCUCUUUGCUUCAUUCUCUCUGUACUUGGUGUAGUAUUUUUAUAAAUAAGAUUUUUCAUGUAAAGCUCAGAUUUUGAUUUACAAGGACCUUACCUUGCUGCAGUAAAUAUAAAAUCUCAGUUUUGUGCCAUCAUGCAGCUGUUAGGUAGCACAGUCAAGAUCAUUUGCAUCAAAGGGGCAAAUCCUUUAACAAAGGGAAUGCUACAUCUACUUUUAGGACAUUAUCACAAGCACAGAUGUAUGUGCUUUCAAAGCUGGGCGGGGAAGGGGGGGGGCGCACGUCUUUAAUGCCAGCACUCGGGAGGCAGAGGUAGGAGGAUUGCUGUGAGUUCGAGGCCACCCUAAAACUACAUAGUGAAUUCCAGGUCAGCCUGAGCUAGCGUGAGACUCUACCUCAAAAUCACCCUCCCCCCCAAAAAAGUAUGUGAUUUUAAGGAAAUUAAUAUGACAGAAACUUGAGUGAAACCUUUGCCAUCUUUUGUUUUAUAAAGCUUUGUCCAGUGCUACUCAAACUUAGCGGAAGGCUCAUGCCUUGUUUUCUUCAAUGGUUGAAUUUGCCUGUAUGCCUUGACUUUGGGGAGAGCUCCUUUUUAUGUUAUGUGCACCCCGAGGCUAUCAUGACAGACUCCUUGCUGAAAGUACUGUCAGCGUCUCUGCUGUCCUGUGAACAUGGAAGAAUGUCGUAUUGAGGCAAAAACAAAAUCCUCAGUAAUGAUUUAUGAUUCCAUAUUGAUCUUCUUACCUGGAAAGCCAUUCUGUAUAGCUGAUUCAUUUCAUUCCCCUCAUUUGCUUAGAAGUCCACAAUUACUCCACCUCAUCAACACAGAAGUAGAAGAAAGCUGAAGGUUACGACUUCAUGCUUCAUCUUCCCAUUUGCUUAUUUCUUAUGCCACUAAUUUUAUUCUCCUUAUAACUCCAUUAUUCUCUUUCAUUUACCUCAACAUAACUUCCUUAUGUUGAGCAUAUUUCCUGCAGCCAUCUCAUUCAUGUUGUUCAAGUGCUCGUGACUGGUGCAACUGUUAAGCUGAAGCAUUCUUACCUUUGCUUGCAACCUUGGGCAUCCAUCAUAUCUUUUACCUAAUAUGAAAGGUCAGUUUUUACAACUUCUAAUAAAACCUUUUUGAGUGAGUAAUCUCAGAUUUGCAGCUAAAGUCAAAAUGCAAAAUGCGAGCUGUAUGUGGUGGCACACCCCUCUAAGGAGGCAAAGGUAGGAGUUCAAGGCCAGCCUGGGACUACAGAGUGAGUUCCAGGUCACACUGGGCUAGAGUGAGACUCUACCUUGAAAAAAGAAGAGAAAUGUUACCAAACAUGUAUUGUAUUCCCUUUGCCCAAGAUUAGUUGUCUAGUUCACUUGCUUUUCCUGUUUUUAAUACCUUGCUCUUUAGAGUUUUUAUUUCAGAAAAGCAAUCAUAACACUUCUCUUUCUGCGCAUUCCCGAUCACAGCUCUCUGUCCUUGGACUCACUUUCUGCCUGUGCUGUCUUCUCUCAUAUCCCAGUAGAAUGUAUGGCAAGAGUCCCUUGCCUCUGGUAAUUACUGCGAAAGCAUCCCAGCAGAUUCCCCUUAUAGCUAAAUUAUUGUAUUUAUUUAUAAUAGAAUCUAGUAAGUCCUUUCUAGCUCUGACUGUACUAUCAAUAAAAAGAUGAAAGUAAUCCCGGGUGUGGUGGAGCAUGCCUCUAAUCCCAGCAGAGGGAGGAGGAUCACUGUUGAGUUUGGGGACAGCCUGAGACUACAUAGUGAAAUCCAGGUCACCCUGGGCUACAGCAAGACCCUGCCUAGGUGUGGGGGGGUGGGGAAUGAAAGCAACAAAAGGAGUUUUUUGCCUUUUUUUGUUUUUUAGCUUGAUUGUUGAUCAAACAUUCUCAGAGUAGGGCAGGCUGAACACUUAACAGAUUCUCUUCUACACAAGGUGCGCUAGUUGCCUGAGCACUUCCGAGUGGUCCUUCCCUAAAUGCAGCUUGUGCUGGCUGUUCCUGUUUUCACUCUCUGGACACAGACUAGGUGAAGAGAUCUCAAGCCUGCCUACCAAUACUGAUCCAGUAGUAGUAGAAGAUUUUCAAACAUAGAGUUCUAGUUAAUCCCAGAAUAUUCCCUUGUUCAAAGUUCCUAAGGAAUCAUACCCUAAGAGCAAAUGAACAGAUGCUUAUUUUCUGCAUGAAGGGGUUCCCAUUUCUUGAAGGAAAUUCAAGUUAUGAGCUCACUUCUUACAUGGUGCUAAAGAACCCUAGGAAGAUGAUGCUCUUCCUGCCUUUACAAUCAACUGACUUGAGAAAUAAUUAACUACAAUGCAGCUGAAAAGCAGCAUCCGUGAACACAGGGUGAACAGCAAAGUGAGGCCCUGCUGCCAGAGACGGCUGCGCUGAUGACACCGCCCUGGCCCCAGGCCCGAGUCUAAGGAAGAGCAGUGGUAAAUACACCUGGCAACACUAGACAGCAUCCCGUCAUAAUUUAUCGUCACCUUUUGCUUUAGGUCUAGAAAAUUAGGCAAGAACAUGUUUCUAUUUUAGUGUUUCCUCAAGCAAGACGGCUAUACCCCAAAAGCCAGUUCUGCCUUAAAACCCUGGUGGAUCCCUGACUGUACUGGGCUUUGACAUAUAAAAAUUGGUCCUGUGAUUCUCCUGCUUCUCCUGCACAUUUCACAACUUCAGCUUUUUAGGGGACAGCGAUGGUCUCCAGGAAUAGCUAGAAUCUUCUAAGAUGAAAGUCUGCUUCAACUAAGAAUGAUCCAAAACAUCUGGCAGCUUUCUGCCCACUGUUACCACCUCCAUUCCUGAUGUAUAAUCCCCAAAGUUGUCCCUUUAUCACAGAUUCUUGUUCAAUAAAUACGCUAAUGUUGAUUUCUACUAUUCCAUUGGAUCAAAUAAAAUUCUUUAGUUUCCAGA